UUUCAAUAUAAUCUUGCAUAAUGCAUAAUUUUUAAUACAACCAGUGUUUGUGCUCAUUGUAGACUUCCAUGGUGUAGUUUAACAAAAGACUUUUUCUGAGUCGAGCAGGAGGAGUCAUUAACCGGCUUAUCUGCAUUUCCCCCGAGUCAACUUGUGACCAGACACAAAGACCUCUGACCUCCGGACCGGGCCGUGAGCCAAACACACUCUUCUCACAGAUGUGUGCAUUGUCCGGUGUGCAGCAGUGCCUUGUGUCCAUUUCAGCUAAUGACGUGUGUGGGUGUGCAUUCAUAGUUUACACACAACACUGUAGAUUUCAGCCCUUCACAUUCUCAUUAACACACUUUACUGGAGCAGAGAUACUAUUGCAAUAUCUGCAAACAAACUGCAAUUCCCAGAGAUGCAGUGGUGCAGGUGGGCAGGCGACUGGACGUCUCGCCUCCAGACACAGCUUCAAGUCUGGGCUCUUCAGUGACAGCCAGCACAACACUAUUGGAGUGGACUUUACUGUUCGCACAAUAGACAUCGAUGGGAAGAGAGUGAAGAUGCAGGUGUGGGACACUGCGGGACAGGAGCGUUUCCGCACCAUCACACAGAGUUACUACCGAAGUGCUCACGGCGCCAUGAUCGCAUAUGAUCUGACCCGUCGACCCACCUUUGAGUCUCUGCCACACUGGAUACAGGGUGUGGAGCAAUAUGGAGCCGCUAAUGUCGUCUUCGUUCUGAUAGGUAAUAAGUGUGACCUGGAGGCGCAGCGGCAGGUGCUGUUUGAGGACGCGUGUACGCUAGCGGAGCGGACUGGUGCACUGGCGGCGCUCGAGACCUCCGCCAAACAGCAUCGCAACAUCGAGGAAGCCUUCGAACUGAUGGCGCGGGAACUCAUAGUGCGGCACGGAGGAAUAGUCCAUCAUGACAGCCAAUCAGAUUCGCCGACUGUUUUCUUGCACUCGGACUCCCAUCCAAUAGAUGAAGGAGAACACCUGGAGAAGAGGUCAUGUGACUGCUGACUGACAAGUGGUGGCACAGUUUUUGAAAUGUUCAUGUUAAAAAUCAGUGUGCUUUGGUGCAACUAUUGGUGUGAAACUGCUAUCCUUAUUUUUAACGCGGCCGUUUGUAACUUGAAUAUGUGAGACUUCAUUCAAGUUAUUUUACCCGUACAAAAACAGUCGGUUAUGCUGCUUUAAGUGUUUUUUUUGUUUUUGUUAUCAUAUUAUUUUAAUUUAUUAUCAUAAUCAUAAACAUACUGUUUUGUUGCUCACAUUGCUUUACUGUUUAUCAUACUUUGUUAUUCCUGUAGUUACUUACCCGUAUAAGCUAAUGACUGGAAAUCUUGCAUAUUGUACACUAUAAUCACUUAAACAGCUGUCAUUCAUUUCAGUUUAACGUAAUCUCACAAAGUAGUGUUAUAUUUCAUUGGAUGCUAUAACUAGAUAAAAAAGUUUGUCAAAUUGUUGGUUGGCUUGAGAAAGCCUAGCCUGAAAGUUUAAAGCAGCGGUUAAAGCUUGACAUUUUAGAUAGAUUAGAUGAUUAGCGUAAGCAUGUAGUUAGCAUUUUGCUAAUCAUGUUUUUUAAUAUAAUUAGUAUGUCCUUAGCUAGGAUGUUAUCAUGUUUCCAGCAUGAUUGACAUUUUACUAGCAUGAUUAGCAUGUUGUUAACAUGUGUCUAGCAUGAUUAGCAUGUAGUUAACGUUUCUAAUCAUGUUUCUAGCAUUAGCAUGUUCCUAGCAUGUUUCUAACAUGCUUAGCAUUUAGUUAUAUUUCUAGCAUUAUGAUUGACAUUUUGCUACUAUGAUUAGCAUGUGCUAAUCAAGGUUCUAACAUUAUUAGCAUGCAGUUAAUUAGCAUGCUAUCAUGUUUCUAACAAUAUUAACAUGUUGCUAGCAUGUUUUAACAUGAUUAGCAUGUUGCUAAUCAUGUUUUUUAGCAUAAUUACCUUUUUGCUGACAUGAUUACUAUGAAAUUAACAUUACUAGCAAGUUACUGACGUGAUGCUAGCAUUAUUAUCACAUUAGUAGCAUGUUGUUACGAUGACUAGCAAGUUGCUAGCAUCAUUAACAAGUUAUUAACAUGGUUCUAACAUGUUACCUGCUUGAUGUUAACAUACUUUACAUGUAAGCAUGUUUCUAGCAUGAUUUGCAAGCAGGAUUAACCUAAAUUUUGCAUGUUGCUAGCAUGUUUCUAACAUGAUAAACAUGUCGUUAGCAUGAUUGGCAAGUUGCUAACAUGUGUUUAACAUGAUUAGCAUGUAGUUAACAUGUUGCUAAUCAUGUUUCUAACAUAAGUAGGAUGUUGGUGACAUUACCAUUACUAGCAUGUUGUUAGCAUGAUUAGCAAAUUACUAACAAAAUUCUGACAUGUUUAGCAUGAUUAUCAUGCAGGAUUAGCAUGGAUUAGCAUGAAGUUAGUAUGUUGCUAGCAUGUUUCUAACAUGAUUACAAUGUUACUACAAUGUUGUUAGCAUGCUUGUAACUAAUUAUCAUGUUGUUAGCAUGUUGUUAACCUGACUAGCAAGUUACUAGCAUGAUUCACAUGUUACUAGCAUGUUGCUAGCAUAAUUUACAUGUUGUUAACAUUUUUAGCAUGCUUAGCAUGAAGUUAACAUGUUGCUAGCAUGUUGGUAACAUCUUAGCAUGACUAGCAAGUUACUAGCAUGAUUCUAGCAUGAUUCACAUGUUACUAGCAUAAUGCUAGCAUAAUUUACAUGUUAAUGUUUUUAGCAUGAUUAGCAUGAAGUUAACAUGUUGCUAGCAUGUUGCUAACAUCUUAGCAUGACUAGCAAGUUACUAGCAUGAUUCUAGCAUGAUUCACAUGUUACUAGCAUGUUGCUAGCAUAAUUUACAUGUUGUUAACGUUUUUAGCAUGCUUAGCAUGAAGUUAACAUGUUGCUAGCAUGUUGGUAACAUCUUAGCAUGACUAGCAAGUUACUAGCAUGAUUCUAGCAUGAUUCACAUGUUACUAGCAUAAUGCUAGCAUAAUUUACAUGUUAAUGUUUUUAGCAUGAUUAGCAUGAAGUUAACAUGUUGCUAGCAUGUUGCUAACAUCUUAGCAUGACUAGCAAGUUACUAGCAUGAUUCUAGCAUGAUUCACAUGUUACUAGCAUGUUGCUAGCAUAAUUUACAUGUUAAUGUUUUUAGCAUGAUUAGCAUGAAGUUAACAUGUUGCUAGCAUGUUAGUAACAUCUUAGCAUGACUAGCAAGUAACUAGCAUGAUUCUAGCAUGAUUCCCAUGUUACUAGCAUGUUGCUAGCAUAAUUGACAUGUUUUUAACGUUUUUAGCAUUAUUAGCAUGAAGUUAACAUGUUGUUAGCAUGUUGGUAACAUCUUAGCAUGACUAGCAAGUUACUAGCAUGAUUCUAGCAUGAUUCCCAUGUUACUAGCAUGUUGCUAGCAUAAUUGACAUGUUUUUAACGUUUUUAGCAUUAUUAGCAUGAAGUUAACAUGUUGUUAGCAUGUUGGUAACAUCUUAGCAUGACUAGCAAGUUACUAGCAUGAUUCUAGCAUGAUUCACAUGUUACUAGCAUGUUGCUAGCAUAAUUUACAUGUUAACAUUUUUAGCAUGAUUAGCAUGAAGUUAACAUGUUGCUAGCAUGUUGGUAACAUCUUAGCAUGACUAGCAAGUUACUAGCAUUUGCUAGCAUGAUUAGUAAGUUACUAGUAUGAUUCUAGUUGCUAGGCUUGGCUAGAUAGAUAGAUAAGAAAGGAAGCCAACCAUGUUAGCAACAUGCUAAUCAAGCCAACAUAAUGAGAGGAUUCAAACCGAACACUGGAGGUGUUUUGAGCGUUAAGCGGAUUCUAACGCCUCUGAUUGGCCACUGCAUUCCAGAAAUCAACAUAUAUGUUUGUGAUUGGCUACAUUGCUCAGCACUGCAAAAACACGUUGACAAUAAAAAUGCUCCACAGAGCCUGAACACAAAUAACCACUGGAUCGUUUGUCAGCUGUUUUAUCACUAAUCAUAUUUUUACAGCCUCAACUUUUUCAUCACUCUCCAGCACCUCUGUGCAACCGGGCUUGCGCUAAAUAUGGUGGAUGUUUUUGUAAAAACAAAUCAGGUAUCUCCGAAAAUGUAAAAUAGCAUUUAAUGAAUUAACUCUGUGACCAUGUAUAGAAGUACAAUAUGACGGAUUACCUCUUAUGUUAAGUUUAUUCUGCAGUAGG